GCAUUUUUAUUUUUAUAAAGCAAACAAACCCUGAAUGUUAGCAUGGCUGAAGUAGUUGCAAAUAAAGUUGAAACUCUAGUUUCAGAAACUGUUAAUGGCGAUGUAGAUGAUAAACUUAUCGAAAAUGUGUCUGAAAAUCAAAAUGACGACCCUGUCAAAAAGAAAAAGAAAAAGAAGAAGAAAAAGAAAGCUGAAACUGAUAAUACAGAAGAUGGUGAGAAAGAUGAAGACAUAAAUGAAGUAAAUGACAAAUUAAGUAAUCAGAAGCUGGAGAAUGGAGAACCAGCUCAAGCUACAGGAGAAGCAACUAAGAAAAAGAAAAAGAAGAAAAAAGGAGGUGGUAAGCAGCAGACAGAUCCACCUUCCUUACCAAUAUCAGAACUUUUUCCUGAUGGAAAUUAUCCUGAAGGGGAAAUAAUGAAACAUCCUGAAGUCAAGGACUUUCAAACUGCCAAAGACAGAUUCACAGAUGAAGAAAAGAGAGCUUUAGACAGAGCAAAUACAUAUAUUUAUCAAGAAGUAAGACAAGCUGCUGAGGCCCACAGACAGACAAGACAAUAUAUGCAAAAUUAUAUAAAGCCAGGUCAGACCAUGAUAGAAAUUUGUGAAACACUGGAGGGUAUAUCCAGGAAAACGAUCAAUGAGAAAGGUUUAGAGGCAGGAUUAGCCUUCCCUACUGGUUGUUCACUGAACAAUUGUGCUGCCCACUAUACACCUAAUGCUGGAGACCCUACAGUGUUACAGUAUGAUGAUGUUUGUAAAAUAGAUUUUGGAACACAUAUUAAUGGUAGAAUAAUUGACUGUGCUUUUACAUUGUCUUUCAACCCUAAAUAUGAUCGUCUUCUACAGGCGGUAAAGGAUGCUACAAAUACAGGUAUAAAGGCUGCAGGUAUUGACGUGAGAUUAUGUGAUAUUGGAGAAUCUAUACAAGAGGUCAUGGAAUCUUAUGAAAUUGAACUUGAUGGAAAAACUUACCCAGUCAAGUCUAUAAGGAAUCUUAACGGUCACUCUAUAAGUCCUUACAGAAUACAUGCAGGAAAGACUGUACCGAUUGUCAAGGGAGGUGAAGCUACAAGGAUGGAGGAAAUGGAAUUUUAUGCCAUAGAAACCUUUGGAAGUACAGGUAAAGGUGUUGUUCAUGAUGAUAUGGAAACUUCUCAUUACAUGAAGAAUUUUGAAGCUGGACAUGUUCCUUUGAGAGUACAGAAGUCUAAACAAUUACUGAAUUGUAUCAACCAGAAUUUUGGAACAUUAGCAUUCUGCAGACGUUGGUUAGAUCGACUAGGACAGAGCAAAUACCUGAUAGCUUUGAAGAAUCUGUGUGACGUGGGAAUCGUUGAUGCAUAUCCACCUCUCUGUGACACUAAAGGAUGUUAUACAGCUCAGUUUGAACACACGAUAUUGUUAAGACCUACAUGUAAAGAGAUCAUUAGCAGAGGAACAGAUUACUGAAUAUAAAAUCAACUCUCUAUUCUCAAAUUUUAAAUAUGUUUUAUUAAAACAAAAUGAAUGGGUAAAUUUGUUCCUUUCCAAGUAUUUUUGUCCUUAUUUCAAAUACUGUCUUUUUUUAUAUUAAUGUUCCCCAAAUAUCCAAAUUUAUUAAAAUAAAAAAAGGCAGGUUUCAGGUUAAAUCUGUUGGAUUUAUUAGUUUCAAUAAUGGACGGAGAAAAAAAAAGUAUAUUUAAAAAGUUCCUAUUUAAUAAAACAAAAAACUUACUAUUUUACCUCACAUUUAAGAUUGAAAAAACCUCUUUUUAUGUCCAUUCAUAACUUGACAAGAGAUGAUCAAUUCAUACUAUUUAAUUAUGCAGAGACUUGAAAUUUUUUCUGACAAAAUUUUUAACAUCAUCUUUACCUCAUGCAAUAAAAUGGUAAAUUCAAAAACAUAUUCAAUCUUAACGGUCCUAGUCAUCAUAUAUAUGAUUGUUUCUGACUAAGUGAAACUGUUUUGUUAAUUUUACUUGUGAAAUACGUCAAUUCCAGAAAGAAAGAAAAUGUUUCUCUGUAAAAAUCAGGCCACAAUUUAUUCAGAGAGAAAAGUGAAUAGGUUACAUGAGAUUUUGAAUGUUUAAAAAUAUAUCUAUAAGCUUCAUUUUUGUUAGCUGAACAAACCGACUGAAACAAAUUGAAAUACAUUGUUUCAUAUGCGUGACUUUACAUUAUUAUUAUUUAUCACUUAUUAUGCUUGCGUAACUUAUCUUUGUUGAAGGAAUAUUUCUAGAUUUAUCAAUGUUAAAUAUUUAUUUUAAAAAUAUGAUGAAAUCAACAAUGAAUGAAAAUGUCUACUCCAUGUUGUAUUAACCUGAGUAACUAAUAUCAGACCUAAACCAGAGGGUUUUUGAGUUAUCACAACAAAUGAUCAUGUUUUAAAUUCUUAUUGUAUUCUUUGCCUCAGCAUAUUUAUUUAGAACAUUUCAAAAAGUAUUUGAAGGUUUUCACAUCAUUGAAUAAUAUUCUGAAAAAAAACAUUAUAGUGAGUUAUUAUCUCCCUUGCUGAUAUUAUGAGUUAAUGAUUGUUAUGUUAAACAGUGAAAUGGUAAUAUGAAGAAUCAUGUAUGUAAUUUGAUUUACAGCUGAAAUGCAAAUAAAACUUUGAAAAUUC